GAUUUAUGCCAUAAGAAGACAUAGUUUAGAAAUUAUUGCAAAGAAUAUAAAUUCUUGUAGAUGAAGUAGAAACAUUGACAGCUUUAGUAGAUAGCAAUGCAUUAGAAUAAUAAGAAAUGAAUUAAAAAUAUUAGAAUUUAAUGGAGCUUUACCGACAAAAGGAACUAGAAUGUUCUGAAUUGUAGAAUAAAUUAAAUCAGCAAUUUAGUAGUAUAUAUAAAUUGAUAUAGGACUAAAUGUAAAGGACCAUUUAAAUUAAAUUAAUGAAGAGAGAUAACACAUAACUAAUUUAUUAGUAUAAUAAAGAAAUGAUAUACCUGAAACUUAAAAUCAAGCCUUGUAUCAUUUAUGUUAAUAGAGAACUGCAGAGAACUAAUUAUUAAGAAAUAGAUAAGAUUAAUUGGAAUAAGAAAAUGCAUUUUUCCAUUCAGAAAACAUAAGACUUAGAACAUAUAUUCAACAUGAGAAGAUGUUCAGAUAAUUGGAAUAUGUUAAUGGGAAUUACAAUCCAUAAACUGUAGCACCUGGAUAGAAUGUUGAGAUUCCUAAUUUAGUUUUGGAUCCAAUGUAUGAAUAGAAAUACCUAUAAGAAUAUCUACAAUCUAGACAAGUAGUAUAGUGAGGAAUAUUUUUGUG